CGGACAAAUAGUAAUACACAGUUUAGCAUAGGUUCUUUCACACUUCCCGGACACGGGUGAAUCCCCGUCCGGGCAUACAAAACGCCCGGAUGUCCCCGCUAGGACUCACGGAGCUCGAACGGGUAAUCGCCCGGAAUAUGCCCUAGCGGACUACAGUGUGCCAUGAAUGCAUUCACAUGAUCCGGGUGUUUAAUCGUCCGAUUGGUUUAUACUUGUUUGCAGUCCAGUAGCGUGUAGUCCGUUGUCGAACGAAGACCGUGUGUACUCUGCAGUGUAGCUACGAGCAUUUGAUCAUGUCGAAAGAAGUAGAACAAAUAGAUUCUGAAAUCCUGAUUAGUUUAGUUCAGGAUAAACCAGAAAUCUGGGACAAAGCUGCCGAGGAUUACAAAAAUCGCAACAAAAAAACAGAAGCGUGGAGAAGUAUUUGUGCCCAGUUGAAGGAACAUUUUGAAAAUUUGAGUGACGGGGAAAGAAAAGAAUUUGGUCAACUAGUUCUUAAAAGGUGGAAUAAUAUCAGAGACCAGUGGCUUAAAUGGAGGAAUCGAGACAAAAACUCGAAAAAAUCAGGAGCAGCUGCAUCAAAACUGCGAAAGUAUUUGUAUCACGAACAACUAAAUUUUCUAGAGCAAGGCUUAUAUCACCGGUCAACUGAUGCAAGCAUGGCCUAUGAGCACUCAGAUGAAGCAGAAAGUCAGCAGCAAACUGAAGAGCUCCAGUCAGCAGAAGAUCAAGGGACGGCGACUCCGGAUGCAACUAAGCAGACUUCGCAAACUCCAACUGCAAAAAUCCCUUCCGUGAAGACCACAUCUGUGCAACAGUCAACGAGGAAGAGGAAGCGAACCCUCGACGAAUUUGAGCUAAGGAUGCUUAAAUCGGUAGAGGCAGGAGACCAAGAGGACCGUCAUAUGCAAUUUUUUAAGGGCAUUCUUCCAUCUGUUCAAAAGUUCACAGACAACCAGGUUGUAGAUUUUUAG